AAAUAAAUAGAAAAAAUAUUUAUUGCAAAAAAUGUUAUCCCCAUGGUUUUUCUCAACCUUCAAGACUGCAGAGCAGCCACGCUGUAAAGCGUCAGGAAAGAUAUAGAAUAUGGGGAGCUUGCAACCCAAUCCAUUACCAGCCAAAGCUGCAGCGCUCACUCAGUUUCCCGAGGGAAACCAAGGAACAGAAACAGCAAUGAAAGACAAGUAGAUUGAGGAAGUUGUUGUUCGAUGUGUUGGAAUGAACUAUACACUACUGAUUUUGCAUGGGUGGCAAUACUUCAAAAGACAGAAUCUAAUGAUCGUACUACUCCUUUGCAAUGCGUGCUUCGACACCAACAGAGGAAAGUAAGCCUUCAGUCAUCGGUAAAUAGAAUACACAAACAAAAUAGAGAUGCAAAAAGUGGGAAUCACCAAUGGAUGGGAGCAAGUUGGUCAAAUGCAAGAACACAGUCAGAGAAUGUAUUGUUGCUACAAUGCAGCACAACUUGGUCCACACCACCAGCAACAACCCAGGACAGGCAAUAGAAGAGAAGGUAAUAGA